AUGUCAUCUGUGCUUCAAAAGUAUUACGUAUCUCCAGGCAGCCCUCCAUUAGGCGGUCGCUAUGUACCAGAAUUGAUGAUUGGCUUCUUGGAAAGGAUCACGAUAGCUUUCGAGAGCGCGAUGGGUGACAAUGCCUUCUGGAAAGAGGUCAAUGGACUGAUACGAUUGAGUUCCCCCCAAUGUUCCCCCCUAUAUCAAGCUAGAAAAAUCACGGAUCACAUAGGGGGGGCCACACUUUGGAUGAAGCGCGAAGACCUGGAGCAUUUUGGUUCUCACAAAGCCUGGAAUAUUACCGGGCAGCUCUCCCUCGCCAAGAGGAUGGGCUGUAAGGAAGUCGUGACGGACUGUGCCUCGACCAAACAUGGGAAAUUCACCGCGUUAAUGUGCGCGCAUCUCAAUUUGAAGUGCGUUGUGAUUAUUGGGGCCGAUGACGCUGAGAAACAAGAGAAUGGCAUUCAUGAAAUAGAAAAGCUCGGCGCCACUGUCCUGAGGGCGCGAUGUCUAUAUGGUGCUGCCACGCUACGCACUGCAAUCGCCGAGGCUUUCCGAUAUGCGGCUCUCUACUAUGAUACUGUGUACUACUUGAUGGGGGGCGUUUCGGGUCCCCAUCCUAUUCCUGGAAUGACGGCGACUUUUCAACAGCGUCUUGGCGCCGAAGUCGCGAAACAAUUCCAGGUCGAGUCUAAAGAUCAACCAGAUGCACUAGUGGCCGCCGUCGGUACUGGUACCGGUGCAGUUGGCCUCUUUCGACCGUUCAUCGACAGCGCAGGAGUAAGACUCGUCGGAGUCGAAAGUGCGGGAGCAUCACCACUGACUAAAGGCCAAGUGGGUGUUCUUCAUGGUGCAAAAACACUAGUAUUACAAAAUGACGAAGGCCAAAUUCUCGACUCUAAUUGCAUUUCCCCCGAUCUAAACAUCACCGUCGUCGGUCCAGAGGUCGCCAACUGGAAAAUCAAUGGUCGAGUCGAGAUAUAUACCGCAACCGACGAAGAUGCGCGCAGAGGAUUGGAGAUCUUAUCUGAGUACGAGGACAUAAAAGCCGGCUUGGAUUGCAGUCAUGCAGUGAUCAAGGCGAUGGAGAUAGCCAAAGAAUUGGGCCCAGGGAAGCAUGUCAUUCUUUUGGUGACCGGUGAUGAUGAAAUUGACAUAUAG